AUGUCGACAAUCUCACGAACGUUAUCCAACCUGCGCAAGGUUGGAAUCAAGGCAAAUGCUGGUAUGUACCUGACCGAACGAUCCUCGACUUGGCUAACGACGCCUGCUCUCUCGAAUAGUAUAUCGGUACGCUUCCUCGAUUAUCCGCCGAAUCAUCCACUGACAUCCACAGGUGACACCAAGGCUGGUCGUCUGAUUGGCACCGAUCGCGCCGGCAACAAGUUCUUUGAGAACAACGAGGAACUCCCCCUCCGAACACGCUGGGUCGAGUACGCCAAGCACGACUACGACGCCGCUCAAAUCGAGCCCGGAUGGCACGCCUGGAUCAGUUACAACGUCGACAAGCCUCCUACCGAGGACCCUCUACUAGUAACCGGUGUCCGAGCCUUUGAGCCCUCACGCCCCCUCCCCAACUUUACCCAGACCCGCGGCGCUUUCAAGACUUACAACACUUCCAAGUCCAAGAUCUCGGCAUGGGAGCCUGUGGCGGCGCCUCGGGCAUGA